CCUUCAAAUCGCGCAGUUCGGCGCGGCAGCAGCCUCCAUCGGCCGAAACAGUAGCCGACGCAGUUCUUCCAGCAGUCCGUGUGUGCAGGUGCGUGUGUGUAAGUGCGUAUGCGUGAGUGACUCUUGAUCAGUUGCCUCCGUUGAAGCCGCUUGCUGUGCACAUCGCGCGAAGGUGCAAGCACUAAAGUGCCGAGUGCAAGAUUCGAGUGUGAUUCCAAAUCGAAGACAUCUAGUGGCGGGGCUUAUUGGCCCAAUAUCAACUCAAACUCGAGCUCAAACUCAAAUGAUAAUUUGAUAAUUUGCCUGAUUACAAAAGGGCGUGGCAGAGGCACUGGCCUAGCGCCAGGCUGCAUGCAGUGUUCCACUGAACGGUUACUUAGUGCCAUUCAAAACACAUACAAACACACACACGCAGACAGAAAGUGAAGCACAGUUGCCGUCGAAUGGUCACGUCUUGGCCAUGUUAUAGUCGUGGCUAAUAAUAAAUGACUCUGCAGUCGGAGGCGCACGGCAAAAAACUGUUGAAAAUAUGCAAUUUCCGUUGGGGAAAUGUGGCAUGACGAUGACUGGGCACAGCUCAGCACACGCCUAGGAGACGUUGAUUUACACAGUGUUUAUGCUGCAUUCACAAUUGUUUAAGUGCAUAUGUGCAUAUGUGUGUGCCGACUGCAAAAUGGGAAAUGGGAAAUGCAUAUGCAUAUGCGCCUUACGCUAAUGAAUAGAACAAUCGAGGGCAGCAGCAGCUGCAGCAAUAAUGCUUGGAGCCAAUAAGUACACGUCGAGCCACUCAGCCAAAGGACGCAAUAAUUAGACAUAACAAUCAAGGCCAAAAUGCCAUGCCACAAUCGCCUGGCGAAUUGUUGUUCGUUCUGAGAUUGCACUUCGAUUGCACAUACUACCGCACGCAGCGGCUGUAAGAGAACCAGCCAGCUUAUUGUCCCCCAGUCCUCUCAUCCAACUCGCCUAACUGCCCCAGCCCCAUCCCCCUCGAAAGCAAUAUGAUAAAUGCCGUGAGCGCCGCAACGGCCAUCGCAGCUCUGUCCGCCGCCAUGGCGGCUGCGGCUGCCUCUAAUCAUGGCGGCGGCAACAACAGAAACCUCAGCGAGGCCACUUUACUGCCGGGCAGCAAUACCACCACCAGCAGCAGCAGCAAUCACAGUGGCACURGCAGCCGACGCAACCACAGCGGGCUGUUGGCUGUCGAUCACCUGCCGCUGCAACUAACAACCUCCAAAGUGGAUCUGGAGCUGGAAAUCGACAUUCAACUGCUGACAAAUGGCUACGACGGCACUACGCUGACAUCGUACUACAAUGAAACGAGCUGGACUAACGCCUCUGAAAUGGAUACAAUAGUGGGUGAGGAACCGGAAGAGCUCUCGCUUGUGUCAAUUGUAGUUGUUGGCGUCUUUCUAUCGGUUCUGAUAUUCCUCUCGGUCGCCGGCAAUAUUCUCGUCUGCCUGGCCAUCUACACGGAGCGCAGCCUGCGCCGCAUUGGCAAUCUGUUUCUGGCCUCAUUAGCGAUUGCGGAUCUGUUCGUGGCCUCUCUGGUGAUGACAUUUGCGGGCGUCAACGAUUUGCUGGGCUAUUGGAUCUUUGGCGCAGAGUUUUGUGAUACGUGGGUGGCCUUUGAUGUCAUGUGCUCGACAGCCUCCAUUUUGAAUCUGUGCGCCAUAUCCAUGGACCGCUACAUACACAUCAAGGAUCCGCUCAGAUACGGCCGCUGGGUGACACGCCGGGUGGCUGUUAUAACCAUUGCAGCUAUUUGGCUGCUGGCCGCAUUCGUCUCGUUUGUGCCCAUCUCGCUGGGGAUCCAUCGACCCGACCAGCCGCUGAUUUUCAUGGAUAAUGGCAAGAAGUAUCCCACAUGCGCACUGGACCUGACACCCACGUACGCUGUCGUCUCCAGCUGUAUCAGCUUCUACUUUCCCUGUGUGGUCAUGAUUGGCAUCUACUGUCGGCUCUACUGCUAUGCCCAGAAACACGUGAAGUCAAUUAAGGCGGUAACAAGACCCGGCGAGGUGGCCGAGAAGCAACGAUACAAGAGCAUACGUCGGCCCAAGAACCAGCCGAAGAAGUUCAAGGUGCGCAAUCUGCACCACAGCUCGCCCUAUCACGUGUCCGAUCACAAGGCAGCCGUCACCGUGGGCGUCAUAAUGGGCGUAUUCCUCAUAUGCUGGGUGCCGUUCUUCUGCGUGAAUAUCACGGCUGCCUUCUGCAAGACGUGCAUCGGCGGCCAGACAUUCAAGAUACUCACCUGGCUAGGCUACUCGAACUCCGCUUUCAAUCCGAUCAUCUACUCAAUUUUCAACAAGGAGUUCAGGGAUGCGUUCAAGCGCAUCCUGACCAUGCGCAAUCCGUGGUGCUGCGCCCAGGACGUGGGCAACAUACAUCCGCGCAAUAGCGAUCGAUUCAUCACCGACUAUGCCGCCAAGAAUGUUGUGGUCAUGAACUCGGGCCGCUCCAGUGCCGAGCUGGAGCAGGUGUCUGCGAUUUGACCAAAACGCACCGGCAACGCAACCAAUUGGCUUCUGUGCAGCGGCUGCUGCACUGGCAGCGGCUUGAAUGUGGACGACGACGAUGAUGGUGUUCUGACCACAAGGUACGUUCCAUGAGAUUCGGUCGCGGCGGCCACAACGACCAUCGUGGAGACAGUGGAGGCCGCACAAAUGGAAACGGAGCUUGUCUAAAGCUGGUCAGCAAUUGGGUUCCUACACGCAUCUAUCCAUGCGUAACACUCCCAGCCCAGCCCAGUCCAGCCCAAAGCUCGCUUACCCCAAUCCCAAAGCAAAUGCAGAGCCUGUAAGUAUUAUCAGCGUAUUCUAGUAUCCUAAGCAAUCUACUACUAACAAGCCGUCAUAUGUGACAGUGUUUAUACUUAAUCGUAAACAUAAGUUACAACUUGAUGAAUGUGUGAAACAACUUACUAA